AUGGGGCUGAAGGCCGCCCAGAAGACGCUGUUCCCGCUGCGCUCCAUCGACGACGUGGUGCGCCUGUUCGCGGCCGAGCUGGGCCGAGAGGAGCCGGACCUGGUGCUCCUGUCCCUGGUGCUGGGCUUCGUGGAGCAUUUCCUGGCCGUCAACCGCGUCAUCCCCACCAACGUGCCCGAGCUCACCUUCCAGCCCAGCCCCGCGCCCGACCCCCCCGGCGGCCUCACCUACUUCCCGGUGGCCGACCUGUCCAUCAUCGCCGCGCUCUACGCCCGCUUCACCGCCCAGAUCCGAGGCGCCGUCGACCUGUCCCUGUACCCCCGGGAGGGGGGCGUCUCCAGCCGCGAGCUGGUGAAAAAGGUCUCCGACGUCAUCUGGAACAGCCUCAGCCGCUCCUACUUCAAGGACCGGGCCCACAUCCAGUCCCUCUUCAGCUUCAUCACAGGCACCAAACUGGACAGCUCCGGUGUGGCCUUCGCCGUGGUGGGGGCCUGCCAGGCCCUGGGUCUCCGGGACGUCCACCUGGCCCUGUCUGAGGACCACGCCUGGGUCGUGUUUGGGCCCAAUGGAGAGCAGACCGCUGAGGUCACCUGGCAUGGCAAGGGCAAUGAGGACCGAAGGGGCCAGACCGUCAACGCGGGUGUGGCUGAGCGGAGCUGGCUGUACCUGAAAGGAUCGUACAUGCGCUGUGACCGCAAGAUGGAGGUGGCGUUCAUGGUGUGCGCCAUCAACCCUUCCAUCGACCUGCACACGGACUCCCUGGAGCUGCUGCAGCUGCAACAGAAACUCCUCUGGCUGCUCUAUGACCUGGGCCAUCUGGAAAGGUACCCCAUGGCGCUGGGCAACCUGGCAGAUCUGGAGGAGCUGGAGCCCACCCCUGGCCGGCCAGACCCACUCUCCCUGUACCACAAGGGCAUCGCCUCCGCCAAGACCUACUACCGGGACGAGCACAUCUACCCCUACAUGUACCUGGCCGGCUACCACUGCCGCAACCGCAACGUUCGUGAGGCCCUGCAGGCCUGGGCCGACACGGCCACUGUCAUCCAGGACUACAACUACUGCCGGGAGGACGAGGAAAUCUACAAGGAGUUCUUCGAAGUCGCCAAUGACGUCAUCCCCAACCUGCUGAAGGAGGCGGCCAGCCUGCUGGAGGCGGGCGAGGAGCGGCCCGGGGAGCAGGCCCAGGGCACCCAGAGCCAGGGGUCCGCCCUCCAGGACCCAGAGUGCUUCGCGCAUCUGCUUCGGUUCUACGAUGGCAUCUGCAAAUGGGAAGAAGGCAGCCCCACGCCGGUGCUGCACGUGGGCUGGGCCACCUUCCUGGUGCAGUCCCUGGGGCGCUUCGAAGGACAGGUGCGGCAGAAGGUGCGGAUCGUGAGCCGGGAGUCAGAGGCAGCUGAGACCGAGGAGCCCUGGGGCGAGGAAGCCCGGGAAGGCCGGCGGCGAGGCCCGCGGCGGGAGUCCAAGCCCGAGGAGCCCCCGCCGCCCAAGAAGCCGGCGCUGGACAAGGGCCCGGGCGCGGGGCAGGGCCUGGCACCAGGACCCCCCCGGAAGCCCCCGGGGACGGUCCUGAGCAGUGCCCGCGGCCCCGAAGGCGGCAGCGCGGCUCCAGCGCCUGCGCCGUCCGCGUCGCCGCCCCCAGAGGGCCCGGUGCUCACUUUCCAGAGCGAGAAGAUGAAGGGCAUGAAGGAGCUGCUGGUGGCCACCAAGAUCAACUCGAGCGCCAUCAAGCUGCAGCUCACCGCGCAGUCGCAGGUGCAGAUGAAGAAGCAGAAGGUGUCCACGCCCAGCGACUACACGCUGUCCUUCCUGAAGCGGCAGCGCAAGGGCCUCUGA